AUGGCUAACUUAGUUUUGUGGGUUGUGGUGGAGCAUGUAUGCAGAAUUCUUGGCAUCUCUACUGCUGCAGUGUUGUGUGCUGUGGGAGUGGAAACACUGCAUCAGACAGACUUCUAUAGCCUGGCUGUUUACCUUCUGGUCUCUUCAGCUGGAAUGAUGUUUUUUGAAAUGACAUAUUUCAUUGAUGUAUUGUUGGUGACAUGCUUUCCGUAUCCAGUUACGUCUAAAUUAUUUGUUAUUUGGAAAAAGGUGGUUAAUGUUGGAGGCUUCCAAAAAUUCCUUUACUACACCAUUAUGUCUGUGAUGUGUUUUUUGCAUCCAGUGUUAGUCUGGCAUGCUGUCAUACCAGGGACAAUGCUGCUGCUGUCAGGACUGCUGAACUUAACUUUAAGCAAAAGGAAAAAAACAAGUCCUUCCAAAGAAUGCACAGAGACUUCUGGUAACUCGUCUGUGUGCAUGGCUGAGUCAGAGCAACCUGAGCAAACCUAUUCUUUCCUCCCUAUCAUCUCUGGGAAGAGAGCAUCUUACUUAGCCAGAAAAUUGAAAAACUCUUCUGACUGUUCUCAGGUCGUGUUCAGACCAGAUCAUUGCAAACAAAAUAUUUACAACCUACUGAGCAAUGCUGAACAAAGAAAUGUGCCCAUCAUCAAGAGUUCUAAUGAAGAUGACACUGAAAUGGAUGAGUUUGACAUGGAUCCAGAGGAGACCACCUCAGAUGAAGCACCAAUAAUAACAAUGUGA